GUUGCUGUGCUAUGAAGAUGCGGUGCUUGAGACAAAUCCGAAGAGCCCGACCCUACAACGAUCGAGCAACAAAAGUGCUACAGUGUUUCUGCAAGCAAAGGAGGUCUACGGUGAGAAUCACGUUCUGCAAUAUGAGGGGGAGGAGAAUGUGCAGGUGGAAACCUUUGACUCUUUCCAGUUGGACGACGUUCACUUCAUGAAGAUUGAUGUGGAAGGUGCCCUUGACAAGGUGCUGCGUGGUGGCCAACAGACUAUCCAGCGAUUCCGUCCAAUCAUUGCUUGUGAGCAUGGCGAGGAGACAGCGCCGGAACUGCUGCUUGCCUGGGGUUAUCACUGUGUCCUUGUUCUCCCUGUGCAUGACCUGUGGGUAUGCGUUCCAGAAGAAAAGUGGUGGCGCCACCGCUGGCUUGCUGUUGCGGACUUCGGCUUUGACAGACAUAGCCGUCGUGAAGACGUAGGCCAUGCCGGUGAGGCGGCUUACAGAGGAACGGACCCACCAAAGCUGAGUUUGGAGGAGGCAAUCAAGUGA